UAUGGGUUUUAUAAUUACAUACUUGGUGAUCACACUAUUUAAUUGGAUCGCCGUGUUACACUCUCCCCGCAAUUUGUUACACUUCCAGCUGGUGGCGAUAGAGACCAUGCCCGCCUGGGGCUUAACCAGCGCACUGCGCUCUCAAAUCCCAGUUUUGUUGACAAGUUCAGCCCCACCUCCAGCUACUUGAUAUAAAAGUUACGGGAAUAACUGAAGAAAUUACGGGCGGCCUGGGUGUGGAUGACAAGUGUCGUUUAUGGUAUUAAUCCGAAUUGAAGUUUUUCUGGAUUUGUUUUAUAAAUACAGUAUCGGGCUGGUUAGAGUGUCUUGUAAGCUCGCUGAUGUGAAGAUUUUGUCAGAGCAACCUGCCCGGGCACAUUAGUGUCACACGUCAGGCUGUAGGACUAAGCUGUUCGCUAUAGCGCUGCAGUGUCCGCCGUGCACCCAGCCUUCUCCGGAAUACCGGUCAUGCAGCCGUAACACCAAACUGGGCUUCGGUGGACCAACGAUCUGAGCCAGAAUCAGUCGGGCAGGGGAAGUGCCUGCCUGCCGAUGCCUAGCCGGCCUCGGUGCCCCUAGUGCGGCCGUACGGUGCGGGACCUGGCGCUCUCCCGGAGCUCACAUGCGGAGGGUGCUGCAUUUCUCGGAAGCGGUGGAGCCGAAAGCGCCUUAUAUCGCCCGAGGUUCUCCAGCUACACACUGCGCCUGAACUGUCGUCCCUGAGUUUAUACGCCGCCCCUCCCUCGCUGUUUCCAUGGCGGCCCCCAGCAGUCUCUCCACACCCCGACCUGGCUGGGUGGUGUUUACAGACGACGACCCCAGCCCUCCCGGCCUGGAGCCCCACCCAGACGGUGGUGGCAGUGUAGUGAACCCCCGCCCUGCUGAAGCGCCGUACCUCAUACAUGGGGGCAGGACUUCAGUGGGUGUGUCCACACGGCAGACUGUCUGGGCCCAGUUUGAGGAUAGGCCUACGACCCAAACUGUUCCUUCACAACUACAAGUGAAAGGCACCCGGCACAGCGUGUGCUCCUCACCCAGCUUCUGGAGCAGCGACCCCCCUUCAGAGAGCAGUGGGACGAGCCAGUCAGAAGAGCACAGUUCGCUGGGAGACCUCCCCCCCCUGCCUAGCCAGACAUCCUCCCUCACACACUCGCCCAACUCUUCCAUCUUCCAAGACGAGGGCAUAGACAUGGAAUCACAGAACUGGCCGCCGGCCCCCAAGCACGUGAACGGCCAAUCGGAGAGCCACGUGGCCCGUAUCGCCAGCUGGGUGACCUUCGAUGAUGACGACGGACCGAUUUUCUGUUGGCCUGGCGGCCUGCCGCAGUCCAGCCAUGACGACGGCUCCAUGCCGGAUGUCGAUGGGAACCCCGUAGCCUCUCCCCCUUCUGUCCAGACCCGAGAUGCAAAACGGCAUCUCCUGGACCUGACACCGGAAGGAGUCCACCCUCUCUUUGCCUUGGGCGGUCCCCCGUUGAGCAUUGGCAUGCCCAGCAUGAAGAACCCCUUCCUGGACGAGGGUCUGUCACAUAUGCAGCCAUCUCCUAUCAACCCUUUCAUUGACUUUUUCCAGGAGCAAGUAGAAGCCAAGGUGACACCAAACAACGGCUGCUAUCCAGAGAACACCCAGCAGUCCUGCACCUUUCCUCCGGUCCCUCCUGGCACCGCAGAUAUUAAAAGGGAAUCCCUGUUGCCCCUGUCGACUGAGCUGGACACCCCAGCUAGAGGAGGUGUCCUGCCCUGGCCCCCCUCUGAGAAAGGUGGGCAAAGCUUGUGGAUGGCAGAAUCAGAUCAGCAGGAGAGCGUCCUGCUGCUGGACGAUCCUGUGGAGCCCGGGGAGCUGGAGGAGCUGCCCUAUCAGCCGGGCCACAUGACCCCACGGGAUGGCUGGCCCAUGAUGCUGCGCAUCCCAGAGAAAAAGAACAUCAUGUCGUCUCGGCACUGGGGGCCCAUCUUUGUGAAGAUGUCUGACGCCGGGCGGCUGCAGCUCUUCUAUGAGAAGGGCCUGGAGAAGCCCUUCAAGGAGUUUCAGCUAGAAGGCCGACACGAGAUCUCCGAGCACAAGCUUCAGAGCUACAACGAGAAUGACCGGGUGCAUACUGUCAGCAUCGAUCACGUCACCUACAAAGAGAAACGCAAGAUCCAGUCCAAGGUAGCCGUGGUGCACACUCCUGCCAAGGAUCAGCUGGUGAAACUAGGCACCGUCGACUAUUCAGACUUCCUGAGCUUCACCCAUGCCCUGAGGGAUGUGCUGAUGCUGCUGCCUGUGGAACAAGAGUCUCCAAGCAGUUCCCCAUCCUACCAGGAGGAAGAGGUCUUGGUGGAUGUACGAGAUGAGUUCCAUGGUGUUGUGUCCAAGUGCGAUGGCAGGAUCAUGCAGCAGCUGGUGAUGACCCACAUUUAUGUGCUGCCGUUUGUGUCGGGGUCACCGGCCUGCAAGAUUGGCCUCAACGACGUCCAGGUGAAGGGGAACGAGGUGGUAUCCCUGCAUGACAUCAUCCCCAACACCACCACACGCUGGAUCCGACUGCGAGACUGCCAGCUGCACAGUAGCGCAGACAAGCAAGAGUUCACCCGCAACAGAACGAUCUCCUUCACACCCCCGGCAGGACGCAGAUUCGAGCUGCUCCGUUUCUGUUCACUCUUUGCGGAGAAGAGCCUGCCCUUCACUCUGAGGACGGUGGCCAGCGUCAGGGGCGCGGAGGUAGAGCUGCAGUCCUGGCUGGCAAUGUCAACUGGAUUCUCCUCCAACCGGGAUCCCCUCACUUUGAUCCCCUGUGAGAAUGUGAUGAUCCGCUAUCCCAUCCCCCAGCUCUGGGCCAAGAAUUUCAGGCGGGAAAGCCUGGUGGGCGAGAAGUCUCUGAAGGCUCGCUUCAACAAGGGGGCCAACUUUGGGUCCACCAUCACAUCAGGGCAGGAGCCAGCCAUGCGGGUCACGAUGGGGACGGCCAAAUAUGAGCACGCCUUCAGGGCUGUGGUGUGGAGGAUAAACUCUCUCCCUGAUAAAAAUUCAGCUCUGAGUCACCCCCACACCUUCUUCUGUCGUUUGGAGCUGGGGUCUGACUGGGAGGUCCCAACCAAGUUCCACCGCCACCUGGAAGUGGAGUUUGACAUGCCAGCUGCCUCAGCAUCCAGAACCACCGUGCGAUCUCUGUCGGUGGGAGAUAGAACUGAUGUCAAGAAGUGGAUCAAUUAUAAGGCACACUUCCUGUACCAGGUGGAAAUGGAGCAGAAAAACACCCCCAAGUUGGAUGGUUUGCACACGGAGAGGCCUGGGGAAUGCUCUCUGCAAUGAGGACUCAUAGGCUGGAAGAUCAAAAGCCAGUUUGCACUCUGGACAAUUGACUCUAUUCUUCUGUAGAGUACAAGACAGAGAUUGGCCUUAAUCUCUCCUUAACUUUGUGUUUUUUAGACUGUGUGGUCGUAAGAAGAGCUUAACUUUCACUGGUUACUUAACAAUUAGCGGCAGAGCAGCUUGUGCGCUGAUGGGAGAACAAUAUUUCAAGAAUAUUCCUGCCGUUGCUAUACAUUCAUAGGAAAAUGGCGCCCCCAUCUGGCUGUUUCAAGGCUGCCACAGAUUGUGUCACAGCGUACAGAUAUGGGAACCUUUAGUUGACCAAAAUUGACAGGUUAGGUAAAGUACAGUAAGCCAAUGUGUGAGUCUGUCAGGUCACGUGUCUUAGAAAUUUUUCAAGCUGAAAGUUUUCUUCUGUGUCAGGCACCCUUCAACAUGUCGACCUGGUCUGUGUCUUCAUGAUGUAUUGCACCUUAUUGGCGGUGUGCUGAAAUAAGUGUGCCUCAAAUCACAUGUAAUUGAAAGUUGUCUACUGAUGCAAGGGGCCGGGUCUAAACUCCAUUAGAGCUUUAAACCAGGUGUGAAGUCGGAUUAAAUGAUACAUGUUACGGGGCCAGGUCAUCGGCAGGUCCUAAAAUGUUACCUUUCAAUGCAAACUUUUUUAAGUUGUGUUGUCUAACCCAAUGAAAUGAAUGUAUUCCUGUCUUCUGAGCAGGAAAUAAAGGAGUCUAGCGUGGUACCCAAAAUUAUUCAUUUUUGGGUGAGUUUGAAAGAAGUUAUAAAAAAUUUGAUACUAAGUUGUUUUGAUAAAGAUUUUGAUGUCAAAUCUUUAUUACAUAAUUACUUCUUUAGCUACAUGAAGUGUGACUUCUUUGGACUUUUGGAGGAAAACACUGUAAUUUUCUGCUAAAUUCAGAUAUACUGCGUGCAUUAAAACUACUGAUAUCAAAUGCAAGCUAAUAAAUAUUAUUUAAAAAUAUUCUGCAGAGAGCAUUUGUAAAUAAAAAUGGAAGUGACUGACAUGUUGAACACUAAUAGUGAAUUUUAACUCUAAACACAAUUGAAAAGAAAACCAAUAGAUCAUGCCUGUCACUUCCGUCAUGGAUGAGGUGAUACGGAUGGUGGUAGACAGAUGGGGUUUGAAGCUCGGAACGUGGGAUGGAAGGAUGACUGAGGAAAGGUGAUGUCUCACUUUAAAGUCCUAGCGCUUUCACAUCACAUAGCUUAACGCUCUACUUCCUUUAUACUGACGAUGUAAAUGUCAAAAAUCGAAAAGAGAAAGACCUUUGUCUUGACUCCUUCAGCUGAUGUUGGCUGUGGCUCGUUUUUGGGCAAAAUGCUAUCAUUUAGAUUUCAGAUUUAAAUCACUGAAAUGCAACUGGACUGGAAAGAGGAUUUGAUUGUAGCUUUACUGUGGCGUUCGAGCCAGCUUUAGAAAUAGACGAUACUGUCUGUUAAUCAUGAGGGGCCUUCUGCUUUUCUAUGGCUUUCUGAGAUACUGUAAUGCUGUGGUUCUUUUCUGCAGACGAGAAUCGCGUGUGUGACUCCUUCUGUGACUCUCCCCGGGGUGUUCACUGCAUAUAUGCUGUAUGGGUGGAGUGACACAGUGGAGCUAAAAUAGUUUGCACUGGAUGACACCCACGCUUGCGAUUAUGGAUCUGCUGAAAAAGCCAUUCUUUUGUACACGUAAAUAAAUGAGAACACCUUCUCACGAA